UUUCCCCAAUCUAACUAGAUCUCUUGUCCCUCCCAACUUUUCUUGAUGCAUCAUCGGCCCUUCGCAGUCGCCGCCGCCUGUGACGAUGACGACGAUCACAUCUCCCUUCCAAGGGACGAUAUCGCAACCCAAUCCAAGGUGAUAGCAUCGAGAUGCUCCACUUGGGCGGAGAUGGGCACGCACACAUUCGAGAUUGUCGGGUACAGCCUAAAUAAAGGCAUGGGCAUCGGCAACUUUAUCGAGUCAGCCAUCUUCACCGUCGACAGACACUCUUGGGUAAUCCGCUUCUACCCUGACGGCGCCACCGAGGGCACCAGGAUGUUUGCUUCAGUUGCUCUGGUACUCAUGGACGAGGGUGCCGAGGUGAGGGCAUCCUAAUGAACCAGAUUAAAUGUCAGCCAGAGAGUAUUAUGUGUUCUGAAUCCAUCGCAACCAUA